AUGGCACGUUUGGAUCUGCUGGGCUUCCUCCUCAUCACCUUCAAUUGCAACAUGACCAUAGUAGGGAAGGUCUGGCUUAUCUUCAUGAUCCUGCUGAGGAUGGUGGUGAUUGUCUUGGCAGGCUCCCCCGUGUACCAGGACGAGCAGGAGAGGUUUGUGUGCAACACUCUGCAGCCGGGAUGCGCCAAUGUUUGCUAUGACAUCUUCUCCCCAGUGUCCCAGCUGCGGUUCUGGCUGAUCCAGAGUGUGUCCGUGCUCCUCCCUUCUGCGGUCUUCAGCGUCUACGUGCUGCAUAGGGGGGCCGUGCUGGCCGCCCGCCGAUUCUGCGGGCCGGACGACAGUCCCGGGGACCCUGACCCCGCUGACCUGAGCCCUGGGGACAGGGAGCGGCGCCACCUGACUGUGCCAGACUUCUCCUCCGGCUACAUCGUCCACCUCUUUCUUCGGAUGCUGACCGAGGCAGCUUUUGGUGCCUCGCACUACCUCCUCUUUGGAUUCUUGGUCCCAAAGAGAUUCUCUUGCACGCACUCUCCCUGCACCAGCGUGGUGGACUGUUACGUCUCCAGGCCCACGGAGAAGUCCAUUAUGAUGCUUUUCAUGUGGGCUGUCAGCGCGCUGUCGCUGGUGCUCAGCGUGGCGGACCUUGUCUGCAGCUUGCACGGGAGAAUGAGCGCCCACCUGCGCGCAGCCGCCCGGCCGGAGCGGACGAGGCCGGGUCCGACGGCCAGCAGCCGCGGUGGGUGGGUGGAGGCGCAGGUGCCAGUCCACCCCGGCCCGUGGGCUGCAGGGGAGGGUGCCCGCAACCCCAGCGCUAAGUCCGCCGGGUCAGUGCGGACAGGGCUUCCUGAUGAAGAGGACAGUGACGUGAUGUCCUCGGCCAGCAAAGAGCCGGGGAGCGGGCCCCACAGAGAGGCCUCCGGGGACCCAAGGGACGAGGGUGCUACGAGGUCAGAGGAGCACCCAGUAGCACCACGGAGCCGGCCCACCCAGCGCUGUCCGUCCAGUCAGCUGCAGCCCCCCGACCCGCCCGCUAGCCUGAGAUCCAGAAAGUCCGAGUGGGUCUGAAGAGGGAAUGCCAGGCAGCUGGGGGGCACAGUCCAGUCCAAACGGAGACCUGGCCCACGAGGAUGCGCACCAGCUUCGGCCUGUGUGAAAUCCUCAUCAACCGCAGAGAGAAAGGCGAGCUGGCAGGGACACACGAACUUCAUGCAUGAUGAGAUCCUCGAGAUACAGAUUUUAUUUGGACAAUGCCUUCACAUGGCAUUGUGCUUUAAACGAUGUGACUGGAGGCUAAAAUUAAUUAAUCAGAGAGUGUCAGGUGACCGAUUACGGUUAAUUGUUCUUUACCAUAGUAUGUGCUUAAUGUACGGCAUGUUGUCUUACAUGAAUAGAGCUUUUCACGUUUUAAUGUU